GGCACCGCCUUUUUCCUGUCGGAGGACAAAAAAAAAAACCCAAAAAAAAAGCCCCGCCGCCGCCGAGCCAUAUUUGAUGGCUGGCCUUUUCUGUAUUUUUAGCCCUUAGCCGGUUGCUAAUCAACCUUCCUGUCCCGCUCCACUCCCGUUUACAAACUUAAAACAAAACUAUCGGUCCCCGCCGUGAACAAGAGCAGCGGCGCACGGCCGUCUCGGAAGUGACCAUGGAAGAAGUCCAGCAGGGCAGCAAUGGUACUGACUCGCAGACUGUCACCAUCCCCACCACUAUCACAGCCUCUCAGAUCUCACAGAUUGCGCAACAGAUGUCAUUGGGUGGUUCUCCUGUGACUGUGGUACAGCUCCCCGGUGGUCAGUUUCAGGUUCAGGGAGUGAUCCAGUCUGCCCAAUCUUCGGUCAUCCAGUCCCCUCAGGUGCAGACCCCACAGGGCCAGGGCUCAGACAGCGAAGACUCCCAUGACUCAUCAGACAGUGGAGCUGCCACCCAGAAAACCAGGGAGAUAUUGGCUCGACGGCCUUCAUACAGGAAGAUCUUAAAUGAACUUUCUGCUGAGGAAAUGACGGCCAACUCCGACGUCAAAGAAGAAAGUCCUGCCUCCAUAGGAAUGACAAGUGUUACAGUGCCCGCGCCAAUCUACCAGACCAGCAGUGGACAGUACAUUACCAUAGCUCCUAAUGGCACAAUUCAACUGGCAAGUCCGGGAUCCGAAGGCAUUCAGGGACUGCAGGCCCUUACCAUGACCAACUCUGGUACAGCCCAGCAAGGCACCACCAUCCUACAGUAUGCCCAAACACCAGAUGGCCAGCAGAUAUUGGUGCCCAGUAACCAGGUGGUUGUACAAGGUGCAGGCGGAGAGGUGCAAACAUACCAGAUACGCACAGCUCCCACAUCUAGCUCCCUCCCUCAAACCGUCGUGAUGACGUCUCCUGUGGGACUUUCUCAGACCAAGUCUGAUGACCCAACAAUGAAGAGGGAAAUCCGCCUAGCAAAAAACAGGGAAGCUGCUCGUGAAUGUCGGCGGAAGAAAAAAGAAUAUGUUAAAUGUCUGGAAAACCGUGUAGCAGUUCUGGAGAACCAAAACAAAACCCUGAUCGAGGAACUCAAAACAUUAAAGGACCUUUACUGCGUUAAAACCGGGUAGCCUGGCUAGCGACGGGUCCUGGAU